AUGCCCCAAAAAAAAAAAAAGAUUUCCUAGCCCAAAACGACGUCGUUUUGGGCUAGGGCUUUUAAUCCCUGCAAAUCUGCAAUUUCAGAUCGAGCAUACUUUGCGAACAUAGCCUUGCCCUCCGAUCCGACCCUCUUCACCGGUGGUGCAGGGCGUGCAGUUGCUGCUACUCCUCCUUCUUGUUUUGUGAAUCGGCGCCCUAGAUCUUGGACUUGGAGAUCAAUUCGUGGGCUUGUAAUUUCAGAUUGAAAUCAUUGAAUCUUUGCAGCAACCCAACUCCGUCUGCUGCUGGAAACUUUCUAGCUUCGCCGGUGGUUGGGUGGUCCAGUCCAGCUGCUGCUCUCGCUUCUUAAUUGGUGGGCUAGGGGCUAGAUCUUGCGUCUUGUUUCUCUUCACCCCUCUCCAGCAACCGAGCUUCAUCUCCAGUAGUCGAGCUCCGUCCCCAACAACCGAGCUUCGUGUCCAGCAACCCAGCUCUGUCUCCAGCAACCCAACUCCGUCUCCAGCAGCCUAGCUCCGUGUCCAGCAGCCCAGCUCCGUCUCCAGCAGCCUAGCUCUGUCUCAGGAUAUCAUGAAUACUAGUGGUUCAGGCAAUGGCACAGGAGACUCUAUUGGAUCCACUCCUUCUAAAACAGAUGAUCCUGCUUGGGCUCAUUGUUUGAUUAUCCCCGGUAGAAGGAAUCAAACUAAAUGCUUAUAUUGUGAUAAGCUCAUACUAGGGGGUGGAAUUACUAGAUUGAAAGAGCAUCUUGCCGGAAUCAAAGGCAAUGUCGGUGCUUGCAAAAAAGUUUCAGCAGAUGUGAAAAGGCAAAUGCAACAGUUGUUAAGUGAGAAAAGGAAAGGGAAAGAAAAGAGACAAAGACUUGGGGAUAUGGUUGGGAGUCAAUCCCAGAAAACCAUAAAAAAUGCUUUGCAAUCAAGAGAAAAACAAGAAGCUUCUAGGAUGGCUAUUGCUAGAUGGUGGUAUGAUGCUAAUGUGCCUUUCCGUGCUACACGUUCAAAAUACUACUUGCUAAUGUGGGAUGCUGUCACAUCUAUGGGACCUGGUAUCAAGGGACCGAGUUACCAUCAUUUAAGAGGUUCUCUCUUAAAAUGUGCAGUAAAGGAAGUUAAUGAAUGGCUCUUAUCUUUGAAGUCAAUAUGGAGUACCAAUGGUUGUUCAAUUAUGGCAGAUGGAUGGACAAAUCAAAGACAGCAACCAAUAAUUAAUUUCCUUGUUUAUUGUCCUAGAGGAAGCAUGUUUUUGAAGUCUGUUGACACUUCUGGUUUGACAAAGGAUGCUGAUACAUUGGAGAGGAUGUUUGAUGAAGUGGUGAAAGAAGUGGGAGUGGAAAAUGUGGUACAAUUUAUAACAGACAAUGAUGCUUCAUUCAAAGCUGCUGGGAAAAGGUUGGAAGCAAAGUACAGCACAUUUUUUUGGUCUCCUUGUGCUGCCCAUUGUAUUGACUUGAUGUUAGAAAAUUUUUCUGAUGCAAGAUACUUUCCUAUAGUUGAUACUACUAUAGGAAAGGCAAGAAAAAUCACAAAGUUCAUAUAUAAUCAUUCAUGGGUGCUAGCAUUGAUGAGGAGGGACUACACAAAUGGGAGACAUUUGUGUCGUCCUGCUGUUACAAGAUUUGCUACCCAUUUUUUGAGCAUCCAAUGUUUAUUGAAAUUCAAGAAGGAGCUUAGACAAAUGUUUACAAGUGAUGCAUGGGUUGGUUCUAGGUAUGCAAGAAAUAGUGUUGGGAAAGAAGUAUGUGAAAUUGUCUUGGAAGAUAGAGAAUUUUGGUCUAAUUGCAUAUUGAUUGUCAAAAUCAAUGAGCCUUUGGUGAGAGUGCUUCGACUUGUGGACAAUGAAGAGAAGCCGAGUAUGGGCUACUUGUAUGAGGCAAUAGAUAAGGCAAAGGAGACAAUAAAAAAGAAUUUUAAUAAUAGGUUGUCUCAAUACAUGCCUUACAUUAAGGUGAUUGAUGCUAGAUGGGAUAAGCAACUUUAUAGCCCAUUACACUCAGCUGGAUGCUUUCUUAAUCCAGGUAUCUACUUUAGGCUUGGUUUUAACAAACAAACUGCUAUUACGAGAGGUCUGUUUAAUACCUUAACAACAUUGAUACCGGAUGAAGAGAAGCAAGAUCUCAUUAGUUCACAACUUGAGGAGUAUAAAAAAGCUACAGGAACCUUUCGCAUGAGUUUGGCUAUUCGUCAAAGGGAAAAGUUAAAUCCAGUUGCAUGGUGGGAUCAAUUUGGAACGAAUACACCAGAAUUGCAAAAGUUUGCAAUUCGAGUGCUUAGCCAAUGCACAAAUGCAACUGGAUGUGAAAGGAAUUGGAGUGCUUUUGACUUUGUUCAUUCUAAGAAGAGGAAUAGGCUAGAGCAUGAAAGGUUGAAUGCCCUUGUGUUUGUUCGUUAUAACUUGAAGCUUCGAGAAAGAAUUAUUUGUAGAGGCAAAGAAGCAAUGGAUCCUCUUAGUCUUGAAAAUAUUGAUAUAUUAGCUGAUUGGGUGGCUGAGGAACCAGCUCUUCUUGACAAAGAUGAUUAUGAUGUGGAUUAGGCAGCUAUUGAUGAGUCUUUGCCGAAUCAAAGUCUUGAUGAUACUGAUAAUGUUGUUUAUGAUGAGGAAGAUAUCCCACAGAUUCCUGAAAAUGAAAAUGAAAAUGAACAACUUUG